AUGGACGUAGAGCAAAAACAACAUGAAAAUGCAUAUUGCGUAUAUAAGAAAAACUUUGAUGAAACAAGAGUAAGCUCCAACAGCAGUAGUGGCAGUGCCACAGAGAGUCAUACCGGCAGUAGCAAUAACAGUAAUAACAAUAGUGGAAGCAAUAAUGGCUUUGCGGAAAGCAAAGGCGAAAACGGAGACAACCGGGGUGAAUCCGUAGAAAAUUAUAUGACAUCAUGUGAGGAAAAUGAAGAUGCAGAAGAAAAGUAUACCAACCACGAACUUUCUGAAAAAAACAUUAGCGCUAGCACAUCAAAUUUGAAUAAGUCUUUCGAUCCCUUACAGUUUCAAAAUGAAUACAACGGAAAUGGAAUCGUGUCCAUGAAGUGGGAUUAUGAGAACGGUGCAGAAUUACCAGAUGGAACACACAGUAACAUGUACCUGAGAGGGAAUAAGCAAAGGAAAGGGAAUGAAAAUCUUACGAAUUAUGAUAUGCCCAAUGAAAUAGAGGAAGAGCGAAAGUAUAUCUACACCAGGAAUGAGAACGGGGAGGCAUUAAACAUGUAUGGUAUUCAGGGUAAAGGAGAUUUUGAGAUUGACAUGAAUUGUACACAGGAAAUGUCUACGAUGUUUUCUUGUAAGGAAAGUCGUAACAUAUGUGCCUCGACGAAGAGUACGAAUAGUAACGGAAGGAGUACUGUGCAGGACAGAAGGGGGACGGAACCGAUGGAAAAUGUUCUAAUUGGGCAAACGGCACAGAGUUGUGAACAGGGUGAGUAUAAAACGAACACAGAAGGUAGUGGAGAUAGGGGAAAUAAUGAAAACAGCGGAAGUAGUGGAAGUGGUACAGAGGGAAAAAAUGUAGAGCUUGCUGGUAAUGAGGAUGUGUCCAUGAGCCUAAGUAACAGACAGAAUCAGGUAAAUAAUGGAGACCCCUCAACGUAUAACAAUGACAAACCCCUUAAUGAAGAGACACCAACGAAAUUUGAAAGUAUGCGCUAUUACGACAUGAAGGAUGUAAGUGGAAAUAAGCUGAAUGAUUACAUUUCGAAUAUGCAGGUUAUGAGGGACAGCUUCACAAACAACCAUUUAAGUAACAUGGGAAGGAGUCAUUUUGAUAUUAGUGCAGAUGUUGGUUCGAUGAGUUACGAGGCGGUAACCGGGAUGAGCGGCAUGAGCUGUAUGAGCGGUACGAACAGCGUAGAGAACAUGGGGAGCCCAACCCGUAUGAACGAUUUUGACCAUUUGAAGAAUAUGGGAGAAUGCAGCGAUCUACAGAAAAUAAUGGAAGGCAAUAUCGUUAAGGAGAUGAAUCAAUUUUCGGAUAAGGCAAACUCAGACUACAUAAAUUUCAUGAAAAUGGGUGCAGAGGAUAAUAAUUUAAAUAGUUUGAAUUCUGUGGACGUAGACUACUAUGAUAAGGGAGUUCUGUACAAUGCGGCUAGUGAUGAAUCAGGCCUUUUGAAAGGUCAGGCUGCAGGUACCAACCAGAAUAAUUUGUUUGAUGCCAGUGGGAUGAACAUGGGUAAUACCAUGAACGACACACAAAGCGUGAAUAGUACAAGCACGUUGAGUAAUAUCAACGGGGGUAGUGGCAUAGGAACCAUUGGUGCGAGGAGCACCCAUAACGGGAUAAGCACCCUGAACUCCGCGAACAGCAUAAGUAAUAUCAGCAACAUGAGCGCCUUGAGCAGUAUGAGCGCGCUAAGCACUAUGAGUGGCUUGAGCAAUAUAAGCGGAAUGAGUAGUAUAAAUGCUUUGAACGGUAUAAACGCACUGAACGAUGCCAUCUCGCUAAGCACCAUGAACAGUUUAAAUGAAGAUAGCAUGAACAUACAUACCAAUCUGAUAGAAAGAAAUGUGAGCAAAGAAGAUGUAUACUUAAUGACGCAAGGUGAAGCAUCCAAAAACACGACCUGCAUAAAAGAGGAAAUAAAUAACGAACCAAUUGUGUAUAAUGAUAAUUUUAGUUCCGAAGGAAUGACAGAGAAGAAUUUCCCUUACCAAGCACAAACCUUUCAUGUGGCAGAAUUGAGUAAAGAAUAUAAUCAAAUGGAUAAGGGAAAUACCAUGAACCUUCAGGGCAAAGAUGAAAAUGUAAAGAAUGAUGAAAAUGGUAAAAGUAUGCUCCUCUCCACGCGCUAUAAUAAUAUGAUUAGUGAAAAAGGCCAAAUGAAUGAUGCCAGUGAAAAUGUGUACCGUAACAAUCUCUACAACGGAAGAACAUUUGAGGACGUGAAAAAUGAAAGUGCAGAAAAGGGUUUUAUUUAUCCAGUACAUAACAAUGAAGGUAUAAAGCAGGCCAACACAAAUGAUUAUUUACACAAGCACUAUAAGGUAUGCAUGGAUGGAAAGAGCUCAAAUUAUAUAGUAAAUACAAAUGUAGAAAAUGGAACUUGUGCAAAUAAUCUGCUCUACCAAACGUCAGAUUAUUAUCAUAAAAAUUUUCUGCAUAAUGAAGACACGAAAAAUGAUGUAAGUGCCUACGGUUCCGUGGAAAAUAUAAAUAUACGUAAGAGUGAUGGGCAAACUGAUAAGGGAACGAACUGUAACGUAAACAAUAUCGAGCAAAGACUCGCUAAUAACGGGAAAGGGAUUAAUAAAAGGUGCAGGAAAAAACGCAACACCCCAGUGGAAAGUAAUGCGCAACUAACCAACUCCAUACCCUGUGAUAACAGCAAUGAUAUAAAUUCAGAAAACAACGUUGACAUAAAUAACGUUAAGAUGGACGAUGGGACCAUCAAACUGGCAGAACUGAAUAUAAGUGAAGAAGAAUUAAAUAAAUUGACUCUGAGCAUGAAUUCAAAUUUUACCGGCAUAAACGAAAAGGACGAAUUAUACAAAACUGUUUUAUUUUUUGAUAAAAAAAAUAAUAAAAUGAUUAAAAUGAAUAAACCAUUGAAGAGAAAAAGAAAGCUUAAAAAAAAUACCAACGAGGAAAACGAUAAUCCAGAUCAAUUCCAAUGCCAAGAGGGAAGCAUUGACACGUCAUUAGUAACACAGGAUCAGGAAAAUAACGAGCAGAAUGAAAAUUGGAAACCAAUUUCGAUGGACAACGCAGAACCUGUAGGAGCAAAUAAUGGCGCAAAGGGAGGCUCAGCGAAACAGAAUCAGAGUGUUCACAAGCAUAGUCACAAUAAAAGCAUAAACGGAAUAUUCACUAGCCAAAAUAAGGAGCUAAUUUUUACCCCCGUUUCGAGGGAUAGUCAGGAGAAUAAUAAUUUAGUCAUUGGGCAUAAUGCCACCCAUGAAGAUGGUACCCACGAAAAUAUUAUCAACGAAAGUGGAGUAGACUACCAAAGACAUGGUGCUGGAAAUUAUAAAAUUGGAAGAUCCUUAAGUAGAGAAAAUAUAAACAACGAGGGAGUUAUAAGUUUCCUCGCGGAUGGUAAUUCUACUGGGGAGUACACAGCACAAGGGCAUGCGACUAAGGGUGCAAAACGGGCCGUGGAUAGGAAGUACAAGAAAUUGCGAAUGAAUGAGCACGCACAAAUGUCAAGUAGUAACACCGCUAGCAGCAGCGGAAGUAACAAUAAUGAGAGCAACCUUUUCCGGAGCGACAGUUGCAGUAGUUUUCCACAUCGGAACCCGGAUGUGGUCAAAUGCAUGAUCAGCGGUGCAUGUAAUAAUAACUCCUACACGGAUAAACCCAUUUCAGCUUCCUCGUUCCAAGUACAAUGCAACAAAAUGUACGACCCGCGGAACGGAGCGAAUGGGGCUACAUAUAUCGACGCUGUGCGUAUAGGCACUGGUGAAUUCUUGGCGAAGGGGGAUGAUAUAUUUAAAAAGGCAACAUUUGCCGGCGAUAUGGUAGGCACCAUGAAGGAUAAACACGGCAACAGUAACCUGAGCGGUAGUGGCAUCAACAAUGUUGAACUGUCAAGCUGCGGCAUGAAGAAAGGGAAUGAAAACCUUUCUAGCACGUAUUAUACAUCCAACAAUCAGGUAAUUGCAGGCAUGUUUUCCUCCCACGGAGAGUUCCUGAGAGACGAAUUAAGCGGAUCGUUUGAAGGGAACAUGAAAGUGAAGAUUGAGGAAAACCAGAACGCAGUGAACAAGGGCAUUGUGAGCAUCAAUGUUAUGAACAAUAUUGGGAUGAACGUUGGAAAUGACCCCCUCGGUAGCAAUAUCAUCAGCGGAAACGGAAACGACGGUACAGGGGAAAAUAAGUACGUCAAGAGAAGGGGGAAAGUAAAGAAAGAUAAAGGUACGCCAGACGACUAUACUAUCCAGAAUGGCGAAGUAGUAAGCGGAAUUCCGAAGAAAAGAAGAACCUAUAAACUUAAAAAUAAAAUAGAUAUAUCCAGAAGGAAUACAGAAAAUGAUGAAGCAGGGGAUAUUUACGUCGGUAUUCCGGAUGCUGAAAAUAUGGCACCAGAAAAUGAAUCCGUACGGUUAAAGAGAGGCGGAAGAAGGAAGGGCAGCAUCAAAAAAGGAUUCAUUCUAGUGAAGCAGGAGGGAAACAAUGAAUGCGUAGGCGACAAUAAAUUCCACGCAAAUGAUAUCAGGAUAUGUAAAAAUGAGAUGACAUACGGGAUAGUAAAUAGUACCAUGCCAUUUGGAGAACCAUUUGGCGUGAUAAAUCAUUCUAAAGAUGGUCUGACGCCAGACCGUGUGAUGGCAAAUGGUAUGAAUAUUAAAUUGGAAGGAUCCCAUGUUGAUGUAGAUGGAACAUUAUGCUCAAUGGGGGUUAUAAAUGAUUCCAUUGUUAAUGUAAACGCAGAAAUGAAUAUAAAAACAGACUUUAAAUCCAAGAGGAAACCCAAAAGAAGCGUGAACUUAUUUAUAGCCCAGAAAAGUAAAUCCGAAACAGCACUGGAGAAAAAAAUAAAAUCAAGAAUUUGCUUACAGGAUUACUACAAAAAGAAUAAAGAGAUAUACCAAGGAAUCGAUCCCCUAGCUUCCAUUAAUGGUGUGAACUUACCAUCGAUUGAGGAUGAAUCCUUUAGUGAUAACUUAACAGUGCUUUUUAAGAAAAAGAAGAAAAAUCUAAUAUGCUCCAACUGUCUCUAUGGGUUUAAAAUUCAGAUAAGUGCGAGGAAUGAGUUUGUGCAGGUUCCAGCAAUGGGAAAGGGAGAAGCCCCUGGGGAUGGUCCAGAAGAGGGUGCAAGAAAUUGGUCACAAGAUGAUCCACAGGAUAACGCACAAUGCGCUACACAAGAUGGAUCCGUGAACAGUAACGAGAGCGACAAACGAAACGAUGACGAGAGUGUCCACACGAUGAUGGACCCUUGCAGUCCCGGAAAACACUUGAGCGAAGAUGAGGGCGAAGCGGAUGUGACAAGGAGCGCAUCAGAAGAGAACCAAAUGAACCCACCGAAAAGUGACAACCUCGAAACGGAUAAAACAGAUCGAACUGAUCGAACCGAUCGAACGGAUCAACCGGAUCAACCGGAUCAGCCGGAUCAAAAAGUGGAAGCGAAAAGUACGGGCGAUGUGAUGAAGGAGUUGGAAGAAAAUUCCGACAUUAUCGAAAAAAUUAAAAGCUUAAAGUAUCUCAAAAUCAGCAUGUACAAAGAAUUAGUUGAAAAAAACAUACUAGUGGAAAAUUAUUGUACAAUCACAUUUUACUGUCUUUGCGGUUAUUUUACAUGUAUCAAAGAGGAUAAUGAAUGGAAACAAAUCACAAACUGUUAUUUCGAUGAAAAGGAUAAAAGGAAACCGAAGGCACCCCAUAUAUUUUGCACAAGGUGCAAAGAGUUGCUAGUAACAAAUAGAUUUCUAGAUAAAGACAAAACAAAAAUUAUUAUGAUAUGCGAAUGUGGAAGUAGAAACUAUGAUAGAACGGAUUUUUUCUGGUCCAGAAGAGGAAAUAUUAAACAAAGAAAAGCACCUCAAAUAUUAUGUGAUGAAUGUAAUUCGAAAAUGUGGGUACACACAUGGCUUGAUGACAUUGGAUCGAAAGUUAAAUUGUUAUGUAAAUGUGGUUUUAAGAAUUUUCUAAAAAAAAAUAAUAAUUGGGUUAGAAGUCCAAGGUGGAAAAAACCCGUGCCCUUAAUAAUUUGUAAUUCAUGUCAUCAGAAAAUGUACAUGAGUCAGUGGCUAAAUAAUGAUGGAACUAAAGUUAAAAUGAAAUGCGAAUGUGGAUGGAAGACUCUCAUCAAAGAAGGAAACACAUGGGUUAGAAGUGAAUGGUCCAAAAAAUUACUAUGCCUUAAAUUAGUAAAAAAUCCAGAGCUUCUGCAGAAGAAAUAUAACAUACAUCCUCAUAAGAAAAGUAAAUCGGAUGAAGAGGAAUUUUCCGAUAGGAACAGCCAGAAUGGGUUGUCAAAUAUGAGAGAUGGAAUGAUCCCGACAUUUCCCCCAAGCGAUAUAACGAUAAAUCACCAUGAUGCUGUUAUGAACGAAUUGUGUAAUCCCAACCAUUUGGAAAAUUGCCUGGAUGGGGAAAAUAAUGUUGCACUUAACAAAAUGAGGAGUUCCGAUUCGUUCAUGAUUUCCGAAGCGACCGAGGGAUUACUACUUGCAGAUGACAAUUACAUAAUUAGCAACAACAAUAACAACAACAGCAACGGUGGUGUUGAGGGUGGUCCGAAUGAUUCGUUGUUCGUUUGGGGCGUAGAAAAUGGCCCAAGCGUGGGUCAGGCAAUUCCCUACGAGGAUGUCAUUCUGAGGAAGAAACCUGGCACCCGCAGUCCAAGAGGCGGUCGCGGUAGAGGUAAUAGGGGCUAUCGCAGCGUUGGUAGAGGAAACAUCAUGAGCGCUAAGAUUGAUAGUGGUAAUCAUGUCGGGGUGAACCAUGCCAGUGGUAAUGAUGUCGGUAUAAAUAAUGUCAGUGGAAAUCAUGUAAGCAUGAAUAAUGUCAGUGGAAAUCAUGUUGAGGGAAGCCACGUUGGAGUACCCCCUGACGGAGGCGACUUAUGCACACGCGGUAACGCAGAGAACAACAGCAGAGGUAGAAGAAAACCCCGCGGUUCCAAGUCCCACUUGAACUCUAAGAAGAGGGGGCAGAACGUCAAUUUAGCCGAAAAUAAGGAUUACCAUAUCGCUAGCUUGGAAACAGCUGAUGGUGCAUCAAACUCACAUAAUAAUUUAAUAAACUUAAAUGGUACAAUGAAUAAUGGGCUUUUAGGAGAUGCUUAUAUUACAAAUAAUUACGAACAAGGGAAAAGAGAAGCAGACGUGGAUUUGAACAAAGGUGUUCCCUGUACUGAUGGAGAUGCCAAAAAAAUGAACACUAAUAAUGGCCAGAAGAAAAAACCAGGAAGACCGCCAAUUGACAGAAAGGAUAAAAAAGUGAAAAAAACAACUGCGCGAGAAAAAUUCAAUAACACGGAAAAUGCUUCCAUGGCGAAUAUAGUGACUGGCGUUACAUCAAAUGCUUCAGUUGCUACUACAGCAGAAGCUAUGAGACCUGGUAUCACAACGACUAGUACCACAGCUGCAUGCACAAUGAUAUAUAAUAAUGAGAAUUCUCCAGUUAGCCAAAUCUAUCAAAUUCAUCAAACGAACGAUGAUAUACUGAUAGACAACAUGAUUAAUAAAAAAGGAAGCGUAAUAAUUGACAGUAUAAUUAAACAUCCGGAUCAGAACCUAAAGGGGAACAAAGAAAAAUUAACAGAGUCCAACAUGAUUAGCAGUGGUCCGACACUCAAUUUUUACGAUGAAAAAUAUGCCAAUGGGGAGGAGAAACCCAGUAGCAGUAUUGGGAAAAUGUAUUUUGAGAAUCCUUAUUACUAUGUUAACGGUUACUAUGAUAAUUCAUACGAUAAGGGUUACAGUAAUCAUCCUGUCGUGUCACAAUUUCGGGGAAAUAGCAACGGUAGGAACGGCAGUAAUGGAGGCGUGAGAAGUACGGACCUGUACAAUGCCUACAAUAUGGCCAGCGGCACGUACGAACAUCAGAACAAGGAAUUCCCGGUAAACUACGACAUGAACAGAAGUACAAGUCCAAUGACGAAUACAAAAUUUGUGGAAGAUAAGGAAAGUCCGGAUGUUUUACCCAUGGAUUUAAAUUUCCAGAAGAAGAAAUUUAUAGUAGAAAAUAUGAAGAAAUUAAAUUAUAAUAUUAGCGAAAAUGAUAUGAAUAUCCUUUUGGAAAAUGUGGACGAAAAUGUUCUAGUAGACACGCUUUUGGGAAAAUUUGUUGAUAAGACGAAUGUCGUGGAAAAUGGGAAAAUGGAUGACAGUGAUGUGAACCUGAAUGAGAAUUAUGCGAACCACUUGAAUGGAGGCAAUAGUGGGUUCACGAAUAACAAUUAUAAUUCGAACGAUUUUAAUCAAACGGAGUUCAGAUCAAACGAAAUGUACAGCAAUAACAACAUGUGCUCCUAUGAUAACUACACGGGGGAAAUGUUCCCAAAUGGGGUAUACCAGGUUGGUAUUAACGAGGGUGGUGUUCAUCAAAAUGGGCUGCACCAAAGCGGACCAUCCCAGAGUGGAUUCUACCAGGACAUGAUCGAGCACCCCUUUAGCAGAAACCCCUCUGCAGACGGAGGCGCCAGAGAAAGUCACCCCAUUAGUAAGGAAAACAUCAACUACGUUGUAAUGGAAAACGAGGACGGGAAAAAGGAAAUUGAUUGUAAAAAUAUGAACAUGGUAAAUGGGCAAAGUGGGGCUGAUAACAAUUUUAACUUACAUAUUGCAGAGAGAAAUGGCCACGAUAUGGAUGACUCCAUGAAUAAAGGCGUAGGAAGCCAAAAUAUGACGAAUAAAAUUAUGGCAUGUAAAAAUAUGGGCAGAAAAAAUUCCAUGAAUAAUGACCCAUGUAGGAAUGAUUACCUAAGUAGCAAUUUUAGCUAUUCGAACGAAAUGAUGGGAGAAAAAGAUAAGUACAAUGUGGACGUUAACCUAGAUUUAGGUGAACGUAUAAACUUGAAGAAUGUCACUACCGAUUGCGAAUUGCGCAGUGGUAUGAAUAACGAUAUGGGAGGUAACAUCACGGGGAAUUUGGACCACCCCCCCGGGUUUGAAAACGGUGUGUAUGAUAAUAACGUAAAUGAUAACAGCGGUGGCAGUGGAAACAAUAAUGAUGAACACGUGACGAUUGCACAAAAUGAUGGCUUGCUGAACAUGUGUAAUUUGAACGAAAACCUCCAGUAUUUUAGCAACGAAUUUAAAGCAGCCCUUGCGCAUGUCCUUUCGGAUAAAGCAUCAGAUGCGCAGAAAGAGAAUUUCCAAAAUUAUCUAAAAAAUUUAGCUAGCAAUUUUUGCAAUUUGGCAAAUAAAGAGAAUGAUCUGACGAGUGAGAAACAGCAAGGCUACAACAGUAACGCACUCUCAUGUGAAGACGAAAACAGAUAUUUAAAAGAUAAUAAAGUGGAAGACAAUAAUGUGCUUAAGGAUAUACUACUACCGAUUCUUGCGAAUCAGGAGGAAAAUGGCACACCCGUUAAAAACAACUUUUGCAGUGAAUAUAACAUAUAUGAAAACAUGUUAAAUAUGCCAAAAAUGGAUGAAAAAAUUAAGGGUGAGGAAAUGGCUGCUACUCCAUCCUACAAGCCAGAGAUGAAUGACAUGAGUCAAGACAAAAAUAAUAUGAACGACAUGCUUUGUGUGUAUAAUUUUAAUUCAGAUAGUGAAGAAAAGGUAUGUACACAUGAGAGGAAAUACAAAAUUAAUGAUUUUAUAACCGUCUGCACAAACUGCAAUGAAUAUAUUAAUUCAAAUAUGGAUUGCAAAAUUGUAUCUCCCAGUAGUUUGGAUAGUAUGAACAACAACUGCUCAGAGCAGAAGAUGAAUGCCCACCAUGAGGACUUUCUUCUAAGUAACGAUGAAAUAAAGAACUAUGAAAAUUUCUCUUCCUCUGGGAAGGAAGAGAGGAAAGACUUCCAUGGAGUAAGCCCAAACAGAUCAAUGAACGGAUCGAUGAGCGGAUCGAUGAACGGAGCGAUGAACGGAUCGAUGAACGGCCCAAUGAACGGCUCCGCGAGCGACGCCAGGAACAGCGAAAGAAAUAGCAUUAGCCACAACAGCAACCACAGCAGUAGCAUACCCAUUAUGGAGAACGUGGACGACAUGAGCCACCUGUACAAUCAGUAUUGUGAUUAUUACGUAAACAAUACCGCCAUGGAUGACAUGCAUAUGAAAAAUAAUUACCUGAACAAUCUUUUUUUUCAAGAUCAAAACAAUUACUCCGCUACUAGCGAUAACUGUACGAACAAUCAAUCCCCGCCAAUAAAAUCAGAAAAUUUUUACUUCACUGAAGAUAACAACUACCUUAGCGAUUCCACCACGUACAUUGCUGGGAAAAAUACCGCGAAUAGUGUAAUGCAAUUUAAACAAGGAACCUGCGCAGAGAAUAAUUUGAACAAUAAUAAUAAUAGCGAUGGGAAUUAUCAGGAAGAUGAUUAUGAGAAUUAUAUCAAUUCGGAGUGCAACAACAAUUCUUGCUACAACAUAAUACACACCUGA